GCAGAGAUUAAUAAUUGAUUUGUUUACAGUCAUGGGUCUUAGUAAAAGGGAACUGGUAACUUUUGGUUGUCAUCUUUUAUUUGGUGACCUGCAGUGACAGAAGUGGCUGCGCCCUAGUGGAGAAAUGAAGACAGUCUUGGUUCUGCUGCUCACUGUAGCACUGGGGCAUGCAUUAGAGAGAGGCCGAGAUUAUGAACGGGAUAAAGUCUGCAAGGAGCUCACCCAGCUGGGAAAGGAUGACUUCAGAACGCUGUCACUAGUCCUCUACAGCAGAAAGUUUUCCAGCGGCACCUUUGAGCAGGUCAGCCAACUUGUUCAGGAAGUUGUCGCCUUGACAGAAGAGUGCUGUGCAGAGGGAGCUGACCCCAACUGCUAUGACACCAGGACCUCAGCCUUGUCUGCCAAGUCAUGUGAAAGUGACUCUCCUUUCCCGGUGCACAAAGGAACUCCUGAGUGCUGUACCAAAGAGGGCCUGGAGCGGAAGCUCUGCAUGGCCGCACUCAGUCAUCAGUCUCGAGAAUUCCCCACCUACGUGGAGCCAACAAAUGAUGAGAUCUGUGAGGCAUUCCGGAAAGAUCCGAGGGGGUUUGCUGACCAAUUUUUGUAUGAAUAUUCCAGUAAUUAUGGACAAGUCCCACUGCCACUUUUAGUUGGUUACACCAAAAUUUAUCUCUCUAUGGUCGGGUCCUGCUGUACCUCCCCAAGUCCAAACGUGUGCUUUUUGAAAGAAAGACUUCAGAUUAGACACUUGUCACUCCUGACCGCUAUGUCAAAUCAAGUUUGUUCACAAUAUGCUGCUUAUGGAAAGGAAAAAUCAAGGCUCAGCCAUCUCAUAAAAUUAGCCCAAAAAGUGCCUACUGCUGAUCUGAAGGAUGUUUUGCCAGUAGCUGAAGAUAUGACUGCAAUCCUCUCCAAAUGCUGUGAGUCUACCUCUGAGGACUGCAUGGCCAAAGAGCUGCCUGAAUACACAGUAAGAGUCUGUGACAACUUAUCCAAGAAGAAUUCUAAGUUUGAAAACUGUUGUCAAGAAGAAGCACCCUUGGGCAUUUUUACAUGCAUAUACUUCAUGCCAGCUGCCCUACCACUUGAGCUGCCAGCCAUUGAGUUGCCCACAAGUACAGAAAUAUGUGACCAAAGGAACACAAAAGCCUUGGAUCAGUAUACAUUUGAACUGACUAGAAGGACUCCUAUUCCAGAAGUAUUCCUCAGCAAAAUAGUGGAGACCACCCUGAGAAGCCUUAAUGAAUGCUGUGACUGGGAAGACUCUGCUGCCUGCUUUACUGAUAAGGGUUCUCAACUGAAGAAGAAAUUAUCUUCUUUCAUUGAGAAGGGACAAGAAGUAUGUGCAGAUUAUUCAGAAAACACAUUUACUGACUACAAGAAAAAACUAUCAGAGCGACUAAGAGCAAAACUGCCUGAUGCCACCCCCACAGAGCUGGCUGGCCUGGUGGACAAGCACUCAGAAUUUGCCUCCAAGUGCUGUUCCAUAAAUUCACCACCGCGCUACUGUGAUUCACAGAUUGAUGCUGAAAUGAAAGAUAUUCUGCAGUCAUAAUGCAUAUGUAUUGUCUUUGACCUCGCACUGGAACAACCAUGGAAUGAGCUCUGACAGCCAAACCAAAGUAUCCAUGGACACCCUAGGAUACUCCCUACCUUUUCCUGCUACAUUGUCUUCGUGAUCACCAUGAUGAUUUGCUAAGAGAAUAAACUGAAAUGUAAUGCAAACAAUACAACUGAGAAUGAUGGUCUUAAGAACUGUUCACACAUCUUUCACAAAGAUGAGUGGGAGGCAGCCUGAACCUCACCAGCCCUAUUUCUAGAUCUUUGUUUUUCUCUAAAUGACAACAUUGAUCAUCCACUAUAUAAUUUCCAACACAUUGAACUCCAUUCCAUAAUUGCUUCUCAGACUUACUGGGUGCCAUUAAGGAAAAGCUAGCCAGCCAUCUACCACAAACUGCCUGAGACAACUCCCUCCUUAAAAGCAAAACAAAACAACCCCUGAGACUCCCCUCUUGCUUCUUGCAAGAUGCAUGGCAUUAGGUAGUGCCCACCUUAUGAAAAUAAAACCUUUGUGGCCUGAA